CCACCACUACUUCAAAGUGUAAGUCUCUUUGUUAAUAAAAGAUUAGACAUUUUGUUUGUGGUUAGAUGAGUUGAGAGAAUAUGGAAAUGAUCAAAGUUGGGGCAGUGGGAAACGAUUAUGGAUCGACAUGGGAAGAAAAAGGACGAGGCGACGUUGCUGGGAUUUUUGUUGCCUACAGCAAAGACUCAAUUCAGUCACUACAGUUCCUGUUGUAUGAGGAUGGCAACUUUGUUCAGUCAAAUAAGCAUGGCACACACUACUGUGCAAACUUCUCUGCAGUUGUCUUUAAUUAUCCAUCAGAGUUUCUUACUUCCAUAAGUGGUUCCUAUGUCAACGGUGAAGGUUUGGAAUCUAUUGAAUUUACCACCAACAAGGGUUCCUAUGGACCAUUUGGCCAGACUACAACUUAUGCUAAGCACUUCAACUUUCACUUAGGAAAUUCUAAUCUUUUUGGUGGUUUUCAUGGCACCGUGAGUGACUCUGCCGUUGAGAGUAUUGGGAUCUAUCUCAAGCCAUUCGUCAUCAACUUGAAAGAUCUUCGACUCAAGGAUGAAAAAUGAUCCUCUUAUUUUACUCUAUGCUUUAUGUAGCGUUUAUCAUUUAUGCUUUGUAUUGUAAAAAGAGGUAGUGAUAACGUCUUCGUUUAUUUCAGACUGGAUUUUAUAAGGUAUGUUGUUUUGGUCGUUGUAAUACGUUAAAUCUCUGUUUGCUAUGACAUUGAGGUAAAUCUGACAUCAUUGCCAAAUUUCAUCUU